AUGUUCAUAGGAGCGCACUUCUUCCUCGACGGACGCGCAUCAGGACUCGGUGUCCUCUGCGCGUUUCCGCUGCUGCAGUAUGUGCCUGAUGUCACGUUCGCACCCAAAACACGGAGGAUGCGUGUGAAAGCGGCGUGCACGUCCAGCCCAGAGCAUGCCGCUGGCUCGCAGCCUAUCUGUCACGUCCCUCUCAGGACUGGAGGAGUGGGAUGAGGAGUUUGAUUUGGAGGAUGCUGUUCUUUUUGAAAUUGCCUGGGAGGUUGCUAACAAAGUUGGAGGCAUCUACACCGUCAUCCAGACCAAAGCCCGUAUGACCUCAGAGGAAUGGGGGGAGAACUAUUUCCUGGUCGGCCCCUACGUGGAAAGCAACGUGCGCACUCAGGUGGAGCUGAUCGAGCCCACUAACCCUGCACUGAAGAGAACCAUUGACAAGAUGAACUCCAGUGGGUGUAAGGUCUACUUCGGGCGCUGGCUCAUCGAGGGCAGUCCCUACGUUGUUCUGAUUGAUGUUGCGUUCACUGCCUGGUCUCUGGACCGGUGGAAGAGCGAGCUUUGGGAGCUCUGUGACAUCGGCGUGCCUUGGUUCGACCGCGAGGCCAACGACGCCGUGCUGUUCGGCUUCCUGACGGCCUGGCUGCUGGGAGAGUACGCCGCUCAGAGUGAGGAGCCUCCACACAUCGUGGCACAUUUCCAUGAAUGGUUGGCCGGCCUGGGCCUGAUAUUGUGUAGACACAGACAGCUGCCGGUUGCGACCAUCUUCACGACUCACGCCACGCUGCUGGGGCGAUACUUGUGUGCUGGAAAUGUGGACUUCUACAACAAAAUCGCAGACUUCAACUUGGACAAGGAAGCAGGCGACAGACAGAUCUACCAUCGCUACUGUUUGGAGCGGUCGGCCGCUCACUGUGCUCAUGUCUUCACCACUGUGUCGCACAUUACAGCCAUUGAGGCCGUGCACCUGCUCAUGAGGAAACCAGACAUCAUAACUCCCAACGGGCUCAAUGUGAAGAAGUUCUCAGCCAUGCAUGAGUUUCAAAAUCUCCACGCUCAGAGCAAGAACCGGAUCCAGGAGUUCAUCAGGGGACAUUUCUACGGGCACCUGGACUUCAACCUGGACAAGUGUUUGUUCCUCUUCAUCGCUGGAAGGUACGAGUUCUCCAACAAAGGAGCCGACGUCUUCUUGGAGGCUUUAGCCAGACUCAACUAUCUGCUGAGAGUCAACCACAGCGAUGUGACCGUCAUCGCCUUCUUCAUCAUGCCAGCUCGGACAAACAACUUCAACGUGGAGACGUUGAAGGGCCAGGCAGUCAGGAAACAGCUCUGGGAUACUGCUCAGACUGUGAAGGAACGCUUCGGAAAGAAACUUUACGACUCACUUCUAGUCGGGCAGCUGCCAGACAUAGCAAAGAUGCUGGACAAAGAGGACUUCACCAUAAUGAAGCGUGCCAUCUUCGCGACCCAGAGACAGUGCCAGCCUCCAAUCUGCACCCACAACAUGCUGGAGGACAGCAGCGACCCCAUCCUCAACUGUGUCCGCCGCAUCGGCCUUUUCAACAGCUCUGCUGACCGUGUCAAGAUCAUUUUCCAUCCAGAGUUCCUCUCGUCCACCUCUCCUUUACUUCCCAUGGAUUACGAGGAGUUUGUAAGAGGCUGCCAUCUCGGCGUCUUUCCUUCUUACUACGAGCCUUGGGGCUACACACCUGCCGAGUGCACAGUCAUGGGAAUUCCAUCCAUCUCGACUAACCUGUCAGGCUUUGGCUGUUUCAUGGAGGAACACAUAGCGGACCCCUCAGCGUAUGGUAUUUACAUCCUCGACCGGCGGCUUCGGGGGGUCGAUGAGUCGUGUAACCAGCUCACCUCCUUCCUGUUCCAGUUCUGCAAGCAGAGCCGGCGCCAGCGGAUCAUCCAGAGGAACCGCACCGAGCGCCUGAGUGACCUCUUGGAUUGGAGAUACCUCGGCAGGUAUUAUGUAGCAGCUCGUCAUAUGGCCCUGGCUAAAGCCUUCCCUGACACUUACCUGUAUGAACCUCAAGAGUCAACCUCAACCUCAGGCUUCCGUUACCCGCGACCUGCCUCCGUGCCGCCAUCUCCUGCUCUGUCCCGCCACUCCUCCCCGCACCACAGCGAGGCCGAGGACAACGAUGAAGACGAGCGCUACGACGAGGAUCUUGAGGCGGAGAAGGACCGCGUGAACAUCCGCCAGCCCUUCACCCUGCCAGUCAAAAACAAGUCUCCUGCUGUCUCCGGGGCCAACGGGUCCAGCAAUGGUGUCUCGGAUUAGACAAAUGGAGACACACACCCUCAUACGUAAUUACAGUCAUCAAUGUACUCGCAGACGUUAUAGAUGAGGAAAGCUGUAAAUGCGAGUGGUAAAUUUAAUAUUGGCUUGACGUGAAAAGCUGUAUUUGUGUCAGUGUCUUCCCAGACUGUGCAUACCUCAAAAUUUCAGUUUGAUUUGCAUUGGGUUUUUUCUCAGUUACACCAGCAGGGAAAGCAGUGGUUUGCUUUGUGGAGUAAAACACAGCAGCUAGAAAAGAGCUAAUCAACAGCUCAACAUGGG